GUGUUAUGUUGAUAUAAAGUGGAGGAGGACGUGUGACCGCUGGUCUUGGGUUGUACUAUUUAAGUGGUAACUCUUUAAAAUAGUCAGACAUCAUUUAUGUUCGAAAUAUUUUUUACUUAUGUUUGAAAAGUCAGAGUUACAACUUCAGGUAAAGAAUGAUUCUCAAGACGGUUUUAUAUGUACGUUUCCGUACAGUUGUCAGAUACACGUGAAAGGUACGUAAAAGUGAAGAAGUAACUUAAUUACCUUGUUGGCGCAUUUAAUGUUAUAGCUAGCCACGGGUAACAUGUCUAGCUUGCACGCAGCAAGUCUCGCAGUUUCUAGAACGAAAUAAAACGAGCGCGUACAUUAACAGUAGUUAAACUGUUAACCCUGAUCCUGUCACAGCUAAAGUAACCAUUGUGUGUAAAACCAAAUUAACCCACAUCUACCUAAAGAGGUAGCUAGUUAGCGGUCUGAAACGCGAUGCGGAAAUAGCGCGGUAACACAAAUCUCGCGAGAUGUUGAUCCGGUCCGCACUUUGUCAGCAGUCGCUCGUUCCUCCAUUUCGCUGCGUCGAAAGUCUCCUCCCCGCAACCGCUAGAUUCAGCGAUCCAAACCCAGUCUCUCUCGGACCGGUCUUUAACUUGCUCAAACGAACCUGCCAGUACCUCGUUGGGUACCGAGAGAUAGUUUGGAAAACUCCAAUCACGGAUUGAGUGCGAUUUGAAACGGAUGGCGACUCCUUCAACGAGAAUUUAGUAAAAGAAAACUGCUCGGAAAUUCCAGAUGCUGUGGUGUCUUUGAUCUUAGCAUCCUGGAAGUGGAAAGUACAGAAGAGACUGGGCCUACACCACAUACAGGUGCAGUCUGUAGCAGAAGCAGUCCAGAAGGAGGAAGACUUGGGGAGGAGGUGGUGCAGCAGCGCACCCCUCCGGCUGUGGCUGUGCUGGGUGGCAUCCCUGCGGCUACACAGAAUGUGGCCGGGCCACCCCAGCAUGUCCUGCAGCCGGUCCCAGCUGCCUCACUACCACCACCACUGCUUGGCCCUGACACUGAGAUGGAGCAACCGAAAGCAAACGUGCAGGCUACAAAUCAAGAGCAGACCACCACAAUGGCUUGUCAAAACUGCAAUACCAAGGAGUCUGAGGAGAAUUCAACCUUGGACUGCAGUACAGAAGCUGCACAAAGACAACACAUGUCCAUGGUUGCAGAAAACUCACAAAAUCUCUCAGAAAGACCUUCAGCUUGUGACACAGGCAGUGUUAGAAAAGGACAGGAUUUGCAUUAUGGGUAUAACACUGAGAAAACAAGCUUUGAACACAGCGAGACAGAAAUGGCCAAGGGAACUGACCAGUGCCAGGAUUGGACCCCUAACCCAGGAGUUGUCAUUAAAACGGAAAAGGGACCCAUGGCUUCAGAAAAAGCUAAUCUGGAAUGUAAAUCAAAGACUGAUAAAGAGGAAGUAUGUGGAACAAAGCACACGGCCAGACAGAGCACCUGUAUCCCCACAACUCAGUCUAGCUCAGCAGAGUUCACUGCACAUAAAGCAGCAGACAGAGACCACAAAUCUAGAGACACAGCGCAGUUCCAAACUGCACCAUGCUUGCACCCAGCUCAGAGCAGUUUACUUCCCGAGUCUGAUGUCCGGCAAAUCGUGCAACAGCCUCUUACCACAACUAUCAUCACAGCCAACACAGAAAUACCUAAUGAGUCCAGUAAUGCCAGUAAUUCCAUGGAUGAAGUCACAAAAGAGGGACUUGCAGCCAAUGAAGAACGGAGUGUUGGUUUAUUUUCAGCAGCAUCUGAAAAAGAGUGGCAUCACUCUGCCUCAGGAGGGUUUUCCGCAGGACAAGGAGAAUCUGUGUUUAGACUUCUUGUUCCCACAGGAAAUGGAAAUGGUGCCUCAAAUAACACAGAUGAGGAUGAAGGAUGCUUGUCUCAAAGUCUCCAGCAAACUUCUGUUGUUGCGGUUUCCACCUCUAAUGUUGCCUUCCCUCAGAAAACACCCAAUCCCUCUAACCAUCCUCAAAACACACAAGUUACACAAGCGAACCAGCUGAGUCCUGACUGUAUAAACUGCAGUGGAAACUCUAAAUCUGUUUUAACAGGGAACAAGACUAAUGCAAGUGAAGGGCAGGAGAUUAAAUCUCUUUCUUUAGAUGGAACAGGAUUAUGUCAAGAUAUUUCUGUUAAAGAACCAAAGGUGUUGGGGGUUGUGACACAUAGUCAAAAUUUACAGGCCCCCAAAGCUUGUAGUGCAUCACAUGGAAUUGUUAAGCAUAACGACUGUGCCAAAAGUAUGCAAUUGAGUCCAUAUCAAGAUCACCAGCCAGAUGGGAGCUAUAUACUUUUGCGUAAAAACAAAUGUACAAAUUUAGAGGGAAUAGACUCAAGUGAGCCAUGUCUCUCUCAGGUUAAAAAUGAUUGUUUAAUCCAACAAGGGCAAGAAUCCAUUCUAGUAGGUCAUAAGCUCCCACAAAUGGAAUGCUCAAAUGAUGGUUUCUCAACAUCUGAUAAUAUGAAAGUGCAUGAUGAGGGUUCAGAGACUUUCUCUAGACUUAACGCUGUUGAAAUGAAAGAUUUAAUUGAUGUAGGUAUUCUAGUGCAGCCAGGAAUGGAGGACACAUGGUUAGUGGUAAGUGAUCAUUCUCCACUGAUAGACCAGCAGUGUCAAAGCACAGAGGAUGCUGAAAAGAUUGAAAUUAGCACAGAAGGUAUGGGACACUGUUCUGAAUCACAGACACCUGUAGCUGUCUAUGAGUGUACGGUACCCUGCUUUCCCCAAGAUGCUGUUCAUGAAGCUGCUAAGUUGCUGUUACCAGAAAAAGGUGUAGAAGUAUCUGCCGAUAAACACUCUUUCGAACCUUUAACAGAAACAUUGACCGACUCCGCUCAUCCACUAGCUUCACAGAAUGUUCUAUCUUUCUCAACCCCUUUUACCUCUUCAGCAAAUAUUUGUAUGCAAAAUAUCGUUUGCUCAAGUGCUGAAAAUACAAUUAACAUGUUAGAUUCGGCCCUAAUCAACAGUCCUUCUGCUGUCCAAGAGGAGCAAGCGAAGUCCACAGAAAAUAACUCUGAUGUGUCCCAGAUUUCUCUUCCAUCAAGUGUUAUUGAUCCAAAGUUGCUUAUACUAAAGAGAGGUGAGGCUCUCCUCAAACAACCUCCAAUGUUGGCUCUACUUCCCAAAAGCCAGAGCCCAUCUGAUACCACUAGUGAUGGCCUAGAUAGUCUCUCUGUAGAGUGCCUUUCAGAAUUUGACUUAACUACAGAUGUUGCAGCUAAAAAGGCAGACCCAACACCUCUUAGCUUUCAUGUGCUAAAUGCUCCUUGUAAUGUUACUGGUUCAUCUUUAAAGGAUGAGAUAAAAAAACAAGCCUUAAUCAAAUCAGAACAUUGUCUAGCAUUUGAAAAACAGAUUCCCCAAAAUGAGUCUCUUUUAAACUCUGCUUCAUCUACUCAAACUCCGACCCAUAACUCACCAAGACUGCCUUCCAGGUCGGGCAGUAUGUGUAGCUCCAUUACUGAUCAGUCUGAAGGUCCUGCUAACCAGCCAUGCCAUGAUUCUGUGCUGUUGGAUGUGGAGGAACAACACUCACCAGUUCAGCAUUUGACAGAAAUAAAGACUGCGCAGGACAACACCAUGGAGCAACUUGAUGCUUCCAUAGGAGAGAGCAGCGAAGGAGAAGCUGAUGGUUCUUUAGAGGCCCAGAGCAACGAGAGAAUUAUUAUUCCUAGUCCAGCACAAAAUAAGCAUGGACAGAGCAGGAAAGACACACAGUCCUUUUUAUUGAAGGUUCGCCAGUGGAUAGCAGGCAGAGGUACAUCAAGCUCCACUCCUUCCACGUCUCGUACACCGUCACCAACUCCUACUUCAUUGUCUAUAGACUGCAAACACGCUCUACCUUCUCCCCAAAACUCUGGUUUAGCCUCCCAGUCAGAUCAAACGCUGAAAGAGCGGCCUCGCUCAGAGAAACACACUGAUAUGGCAGAACUGGCCAAACACGAGGCAGAGAUAGAGCAUCGAACACUUGCGCUGAAACGUGAGGGCUUUUGGUCCCUAAAACGUUUAUCCCGUGUGGCUGAGCCACUCCGGCCAAAGGUGCACUGGGAUUACCUUUGUGAGGAGAUGCAGUGGCUUUCUGCUGACUUUGCACAGGAGAGGCGCUGGAAAAGAGGCGUAGCCAGAAAAGUGGUACGCAUGGUGAUGCGGCAUCAUGAGGAGCUACGGCAGAAAGAGGAGAGAGCAAAGCGUGAAGAGCAUGCCAAGCUGAGGAAAAUCGCUGCUUCCAUUGCAAAGGAAGUCCGUGCUUUUUGGAGCAGUGUUGAGAAGGUUGUGCAGUACAAACAGCAAUCAAGGCUUGAAGAGAAACGGAAGAAAGCUCUGGAUCUGCAGCUCGACUUUAUAGUCGGCCAGACAGAGCGCUACUCUGACCUGCUUAGUCAGUCCUUGCAAGCCACACCUGCAGCCCCUACCAGUGUUCCCUCUCGACGCAGUCAGCCUAACGCACCUGAGGAAGAUGAUAUUGACUUUGAGCCUCCAUGUGAAGAGGAAGAUGAUGAAGAGACAAUUGAGGUGGAGGAGCAGCAGGACGGAAAUGAUGCAGAAACUCAGAGAAAGGAAAUUGAGUUAUUGAAGCAGGAGAGCACAUUGCCACUGGACCAGCUACUUAGUACUCUCGCGCUCCCCCAGGGCGCUGCAUCUGAGGAUGAAGCAUCAAAUAAAUCCUCGUGUAUAGUUGAAGAUGAAGACAAAGAGUUUUCCGCUAAUGAGGAAGAUGCUGAGGAUGUUGAAGACACAAUUGAAGCUCAGGAGGUGAUUGAGGGUGAUGGAGACCAUGCAGAGGAGCUUGAUGACUUGGCAAGAGAGGGUGAGAUGACUAUGGAAGAGCUGCUUGAGAAGUACAAAGGGGCAUAUGCCUCUGACACUGAAGAACCUUUUGCAUCACCAGAGUCUUCAGAACUAUCAGAGAAAACUGACGAUGAAGAAGACGAGACCGAUAGAGAUGAAAGUGAUGAUGCCUCCUCAGAUUCAGCAGAAAACAGUGAUGAGGAGGAUACUGAAGCUGAGAAAACUGAUGAAGAGGAUGAUGGCGGAGAGGGGAUGGAGGUUUUACUAAGGGAGGGAGAUCACAGCCCCUCUGGUCCCACAUCCCCACGCCCCAAAAAAGAGAUCAGCCAUAUAGCUGCUACUGCUGAAAGCCUUCAGCCUAAAGGAUAUACACUGGCCACAACAAGUGUAAAUACACCUAUUCCAUUCUUACUUCAUGGCAACCUACGCGAGUACCAGCACAUUGGACUAGACUGGCUGGUCACCAUGUAUGAAAAGAAGCUUAAUGGUAUCCUGGCAGAUGAGAUGGGACUUGGCAAAACUAUUCAGACUAUUGCCCUGUUGGCACAUCUGGCUUGUGAAAAAGGUAACUGGGGCCCUCACCUAAUCAUUGUUCCCACCAGUGUAAUGCUGAAUUGGGAAAUGGAGCUGAAACGCUGGUGCCCUGGCUUUAAAAUUCUCACUUAUUAUGGCAGUCAAAAAGAGCGUAAACUUAAGAGACAGGGCUGGACCAAACCCAAUGCUUUUCAUGUGUGCAUCACCUCAUAUAAGCUUGUUUUGCAAGACCAUCAGGCAUUCAGACGCAAAUCCUGGAAAUACCUCAUUCUUGAUGAGGCCCAAAACAUCAAAAACUUCAAGUCCCAGCGUUGGCAAAGUCUACUAAACUUCAACAGUCAUCGGCGCCUACUGCUUACUGGUACCCCACUCCAGAACAGUCUAAUGGAGCUGUGGUCGCUUAUGCACUUUCUCAUGCCGCAUGUCUUCCAGUCCCACCGUGAGUUUAAGGAGUGGUUCUCCAACCCACUGACUGGGAUGAUUGAAGGCAGCCAAGAAUAUAACGAGGGUCUUGUCAAACGUCUGCACAAGGUGCUUAGACCCUUUUUGCUUCGGCGAAUCAAAGCAGAUGUGGAGAAACAAAUGCCCAAGAAAUAUGAGCAUGUUGUGCGCUGUCGUUUAUCAAAAAGACAACGUUUUCUCUAUGAUGACUUUAUGGCACAGGCAUCAACAAAGGAAACCCUAGCCAGUGGACAUUUCAUGUCUGUAAUCAACAUCUUGAUGCAGCUGCGUAAAGUGUGUAACCAUCCUAACCUGUUUGAUCCCCGGCCAAUCCAGUCGCCAUUUAUCACUGAAACUAUAACCUAUUCCACUGCCUCCCUGGUUCUGAAGGCUUUAGACACCUCCCCUUUUCAGCGCUGUGAUCUCUCCAUGUUUGACCUGGUCAGCCUGGAAGGCCAUGUCUCUCGGUACCAAGCAGAUGUUUACAUUCCUCAAAGGAAAGUAACACGCCAGCUUAUCCAGGAGAUCAUGGAGUCUCCUGAACCUCCACCCAGACCUAAACCUGUUCGCAUGAAGGUUAACAGGAUGUUUCAGCCUCUUCCCAAGUCUGAUGGACGUUCAGCAACAACGUCGAAUAACCCACGGCCCACGUGUCCAGUCCCUCUUGCAGUCCAACCUCCACAACCACCUUUAAUUACAGAGGUCACUCAGGCUCCUGUUCAGCUCGCACCUCAAGUGUCCCCUGUCACUCCUGUUGCUGUUCCACAAGCCCCUGUGUGUCAGACUGUUACCUCCAUUGGGCCUGCAAACACAGUUAUGAGUAUUCGGCAUGCAGUACCUUCCACUGCCCCAACCCUGUCUGUCACACCUCAACCCCCCAGCAAUGUCAUGACGCAGAGAGUGCUUCUCAGCCCUGAUAUGCAGGCCAGAUUACCAUCUGGAGAGGUGGUGAGUAUUGCCCAAUUGGCCUCUUUGGCUGGUCGUCCAGUGUCAUCCAGUCAAGGCAGCAAGCCUGUGACAUUUCAACUGCAGGGUAACAAACUCACCCUAUCUGGUGCUCCACUUCAAGUACCUGUUGCCCAGCCACGGUCCAUCCAAGGAAAUGUAAUGCAUCUGGUUUCCAGCGGUGGGCAGCACCACCUUAUUAGUCAGCCAGCUCAGGUUGCAGUUCUCCAUACACUUAGUCAGUCAGGUAGCAUCCCAGCAAAUCCCAACCCAACCAGCAUAAUCCCAACCUGCUCUGGACUAGCAGUGCCCCUCACUGCCGCUCAAGUUUCAUCACCCAGGGUAAGUGGACCAGGAAUUGUUAAGAUUGUCGUUCGCCAAGCAGCAGGCAAGGAAGGUGGACAGGUCCCCACUUUGGCUGUGCCUCCAUCUCCACGUAUUGCCGCAACUCAGUCGGUUUUGCUGCACCCACAUGGGACCCCAAGCUCUUCUCUGAGGCCACCCACUCCGCAACAGCCUUCCCUGAGACUUCCAGCUCAUCCUACUCCCCCUCCCCCUCCUACCUCAAGCCCUGGCCAACCUUCACGUUCUGUUCUUAAGGUGGUGGAGGGAACAUCUGCAAGCACAGGGUUAGUUAAGGCAAAUGCUUCAUUGGCAGUUGAAGAGAGCAAUACUGAUGGUCCUACUCUGAAACCUUUGUCUUCACGUCAAAGCCGUGCAUUUGGAUUUCAGCGUCCUCGAAUCCAGCCUCCACCUCGAACCCCAUUUUACAUGUCAUGGCUUGCAGAUCGUCACAAGGUCCAGACAGACGACCGGAUCUCUCAGAUCUUUCGGAUUAAUGAAUUGCAUUGCAAUGUAAAACCUGUGUUUGGUCAGGAGGUUCUGGAUUUUCUUACCUUCCUUCCAGGCCCUUGUCCAACUCCGGCUCAGCCCAUUCUUUCAAGGUGGAGUCAGUCGGGGCACAGUGCAUGUCUCAAGGCUCAAUCACAACAUAAGAGUGACUAUCUGGACCAGAGCAAAUUUCUGCGAGAAGCCAUUUACAGCUCUGAGCAAAGGCUACACCUGAUGUCUGAGGUCAUAGACAGGUUCACGUUUGCCAUCCCUCCAGUGGAGGCCAAGCCCAUCACCAUGCACUGCUGCCAUCCACCUCCUUCCUUCAGUUACCAACAGUCACGUUUUAUCUCCAGAAUGUCAGCUCUUCUUUCUCCCCUCAUGCAUACGCUGCACCACAUACACUGCAAUAUGCGGACACAUUUUCCUGACUUGCGACUUAUCCAGUAUGACUGUGGCAAGUUGCAGACUCUACAUAUUCUGCUGCGGAAACUGAAGUCUGAAGGCCAUAGAGUGCUCAUAUUUACGCAAAUGACUCGCAUGUUGGAUGUACUGGAGCAGUUUCUCAACUACCAUGGGCACAUUUACUUACGGUUGGAUGGCAGCACACGAGUAGAACAGAGGCAGGCCCUGAUGGAACGCUUCAAUGCAGACCGUCGAAUCUUCUGUUUCAUCUUGUCUACCCGUAGUGGUGGUGUAGGAGUAAAUCUGACUGGGGCAGACACAGUUGUGUUCUACGAUAGUGACUGGAACCCCACCAUGGACGCUCAGGCUCAGGACCGCUGUCAUCGUAUUGGACAAACCAGGGAUGUUCACAUCUAUAGACUGAUCAGUGAACGGACCGUGGAGGAAAACAUUUUGAAAAAAGCCAACCAGAAAAGAAUGUUGGGAGAUAUGGCAAUUGAAGGUGGCAACUUCACAACUGCCUUUUUCAAACAGCAAACCAUCCGAGAAUUGUUUGAUUUGUAUGAGGGCGAGAAGAAGGAAGCUGAGUCAAGUGUACUUCUGUCAGAUGAUGAGGAAUCAAUCAACAAACAGCAAACCAAUAUUUUGGAGCAGGCUUUGUGUCGUGCUGAGGACGAAGAGGACAUAGUUGCAGCUUCCCAAGCCAAGGCAGAGCAGGUGGCUGAGUUAGCAGAAUUUAAUGAAAAUAUUCCUCUCGAUGAUGGUGAGAGCAGAGACCAAGAAGAGGAGGAACUUUCCAAAGCUGAGCAGGAAAUUGCUGCUCUGGUAGAACAGCUUACUCCCAUAGAGAGAUAUGCCAUGAAUUUUCUGGAGGCAUCUCUUGAGGAUAUUUGCAAAGAAGAACUGAAACAGGCAGAGGAACAGGUUGAAGCUGCAAGAAAAGGAUUAGAUCAGGCAAAAGAGGAGGGGUUAAAACUACAUCAGUCAUCUGAUGAUGAUGAUGAUGAUGACUCCAUGCCUCACACUCCUGAAGAAAACCCUCCAGCCCGUCGCACACGCAGACACAGAGAGAAAGGUGCCCCUUCUACAAGGGUUAGUGGCCGGCUUAGAGGUACACCAGCCACAUUGGACGAUGAUAUGUCUACAACACAUCCAUCCCCAGACAGGGAGAGGAAAGUAGAGACAAGUGUAAACCUUACCACUGGGCCUAGUUCCAGUUUGAAGUCCUCCCAGCCUAGAGAAACUCCUGAAAGGCUCCGUAGUGGUAUGCGAGGUAAAGCAGGAAACGGAGAAGUGGCAACAUCAACAUCCACCAGUGGAGGACCUUUGAAAGUCUCAAAUGAUCCACAGCUUUCUGAUUCAGAAAGAUCCAGAGAAGUAUCACAACAUUACCAGCCCUUCUGUUCAGUGCCUUCAGAAACUGCCUCAUUAGUGGACCGGAACUCCAGUGAACAUGUGUCAUCACUAACUACAGUAUUUAGAGAUACAAGGGAUGAACAUGAGGCAGAGACAGAGACCAACACCCCACAACAGAUCAGAAGAGAAAGGAAGACAUCUGUAUCCUCAGAAUCUAUUUGCUCUCCAGAACAUCAUUUAGAGCAGGAUGGCCAACAGUCACUAUUUCCUUCAGUGGCCUCUCCACAUUCUCGUUCACCUCGUAAGCGCCAGUCUGCUGAUGAAGAGGUCUUAAAGGGUCUUCCAGAAGAUUCUCCAUCUGCAAAAGUCCUUAGAAAGCUUCCUGGUCGCCUUGUCACUGUGGUUGAAGAUAAGGAACCAAAGCGCAGGAGAAGGGUCGAAUGUGGAAGUGGAGGGAUGCAUAAUGAAGGUUCCUCUGAAGAGACCGAGCAGGCUGAGUCCUCACAAGAUGUGGUUUCCCUUUCCCCAAGUCAAUUUCAUAAUGAUAAAUCUCUUUCAAAAUCACCUUUAGCAUCACCCCCUGAGACACAGCAAGGACAGGAACAGGCCUCCCCUUCGUCACUGGCAAAUCCAGGUAGAGGUUACCACCCUUACUCACCUACACACCAUUCACCAGACAUGCCUGUCCUUCGGAACUUACCUGUGCGGCGGCGCUUAGAAACAGAAUCUCGUAUGGCUGCUCAAUUAGGAGAACAGUUCUUGGGUAGAGGUAGAGGGCUUGACCGACGCACUCCAUUGUCACCAAAGAAACAAGAGCCUUUUUCAUCUAAAGAUAUCAGUACCACCCCUAAUGCUGCAUCUGAGGCUAAUACAACCUGUUCCUUAACAGGGAAGCGCAAAAGGGGUAGGCCUCCUAAAAUGUCACCUAAGCCACCUGAACCCCUAGAAAAGGAUUUCCCUGUACCACAGAAAUCAUUAAGUGAAGAUCAAAGUCCACCUCAGUCACCAAAGCGAAAGAGAGGACGACCUCGCAAAGAUUCUUCUACAAAUGCAUUAGACAGUGGUAAAAUUGAAAAAGAAGCAAGCUGUCCUACAGGUUUGUCUUCUGUUUCACAAGAAAGCCAUUCUCCUGUAAAUGUAAACCUAAAUAGUUCCAGUCUUGGAACCAGACCUUUAGUUGUGCCAUCUGUUCCUGAGAGCCCAACAAUAAAUUCUGUAGCUGAUCGUGUGACUGAAUUGUUUAAAACUGCAGACUCUAACCAAUCUCCUAAAACAGACAUGCAAUCCAUCCAAUUCAAUAAACCCCCAGCUCAAACAUCUUGUGAAUCUCAGAUUAAGCAAAGAUCUACUCUGGAGCUUGUUUCUGAUCUCAAAGAUUUGAAGGCCACACCUCUUAAUGUCACUCAAGACUUUUCAUUUACAGCUCUAGCACAAGUUAUACAGACAGAAACUGCCAUUCUAACCAACUCAAAACCUUCAUCACUACAGCCUACUAACACUCCAAGUGAGAGUUUUGAUAGCUCUGCUCCAAGACCUGCCAAAGAGUUCAUACCUUCAUCUACAUCCUCAGGUAUUCAAAGCAGUCAAGAAACCACAAUUCCAUCACAGCUCUCAAGUGUGUCGGACAAAGACAUUGCUUCAGAGAUAUCUGUGAAAUCCAACCAGUAUACAGCUCAUCCCCAAGUCUCAACUACACCUUCUGAAUUGUUAGCAGAACCAAUGUUUGAAAGCAACAUAUCGGGUGCAAGUCCUCCACUAACCCCUGUUGGUGCCACAUCAACUGCAUUUGCCCAGACAUGCGAGACUCCUUCUGAACCCAUUGUGAAAUCUGGUUUUCUUCAUCCAACAUCGGUUCCUGACUGGACUCAGCCUUCUGUGCAACCUGAUGUAUCAUUGGAAACUACAUUUAAUCUGAACCAGACUGAAGUAACACAAACAACCCCCACACAUUUAUGCUCAACACCUGUUGCCCCUACAUCAUCUCCUGAGACACUUGAAUUGGCAACUGACUCUUCUCAGCAGUCACCUUCGUCUACACAGAGAAUUAAACAUAUAUCUGCACCAGCUGAAGAACAAAGAACUGAGAAUCAGCAAGGCCCUAGUGUGUCAAAGGAAGAUGGUUUAACUGAAUCUAAGGAAGAAAUGGAAAUGGAUGUCUUUGGAAAGCCUGAGAAAGCGGAGAGAGAUAAUAGCCAGUUAUGUUAUUUUUCCCCGAAAAAGAGAAAGUUGGAGAAUUUGCCAGAGGAUCAGGGACCUGCUGCAUCCUUUCUCUCAGAAACUGUGGUGCCAGCCACUCCUGUGAUUGAUGUGGCUGAUACACCACUAGAAGAGGAGGGUCAGACAAAGGAACAAGAGAGCAAAAGCACAGACAAGAAAAGAAACGUUUGUCGACAAAGCAGUCAGGAAUCUGUUCGCUCCUCCUCUCCGUCUUCUGUUUCUUCCAGUGGUACUUUCUCAUCUCGAUCAAAAAAGUCUGCAGAGAGCAGUAUGCCAGCAAAGAGAAAGCGAAUGGAGAGAGAUUUAGAAAAGGAUGGUGCAGACAGAGGGUCUGAUCAAGAGCCAGUGAAACCUGAGGGUCAGUGUUCAAACUCCACUUCUUCAGAUUCUGAAGACUCCACUGGUCAAGAAAGACGUCUUACUCGUUCAUCACAAAAAAGUCUGGAAAAGGAGACCAUGAGUGACAAGACCAAUAAUGGGCAAAGGAGGUCUGAAAAGAAAGCGACCAAAGAAGUAGAGUCCGCUGCAGCAACACCCAUUAGGGUAACUCGAAAAUCCGUAAGCACCCAACCUAUUUCAAAACUGGCUUCUCCAAACUUGUCGGAGCCUGAGGUCUUGGGCAAACGCUGCUCAGCACUUAAUGCUGCUGCUAAACUUUUAGCUAUGAGAGGAAAGGGACCAGAUCCACCAGGUUCCAGUUCCAAAUCUAAGCCUAUGCAGGGACAGCAACUCCCUUCUGAAAAAAUUAGUUUAAAGUCUAAGGGCAAACAAGAUCAUGAGUCCCCUAAGACAAAUUUAGUUGUAAAUAAAAAUGAGAGUAGUCGACAAACCCCUACUCGUUUAACAGAUUCCCCGCAGUCCACUGCUGGUACAGGUCAUUCUGCCUCCCGCUCUACUCGGCAGCGACCAGGCAAUCUUGUGCCUCCCUUGGAUACUGAAGCCAAGAGAGCCAAGAAAGAGGAAAAGAGAAGGUCUUCAGAACAGAAGGAGGAAGUAGAUGAAGAAAAUAGAGAGACAAGGUCUUCAAGAGGACACAGUGCUUGCAGUAGUGUAAGCAGUGAAAGAGGGGCAGGUAGCAGCAGGAGCCGGAGUAGUAGCAACAGCAGCCAGUGCACUCGCAGCCUGAGCUCACGGAGUACUGGUCCACCACACUCACACUCAAGAGCACCUUCAUCAGGUAGUGACACUGAGAAAGGGAAAGGCAGGCAGAAGAAAACAGGAGAGAACCGAGGCCGUGAAAGCAGGAGAGAGAGGUAUUCCAAAAAUCAUGGGAAGCCAGAGCCCAGUGUUGGAUCAAGUGAGGGAACCCCAGACAGGGUGCUGAGAAGUGUUGCUGCGCUGGCAGCGGCUCAGGCUCGCACUCCAGCUAGCAACACUCGUUCUUCCUCUAGUCAACAACGGCACUCCAAAACCUGAUCUAAGACUGAACAGUAAUGAGAGGAAGGUUUUUACGGGUUUUAAGGAUUGGGGAUCAAAUUUGCAAUUCUUUAACACUGUCUGAGAGAUGCUGAAUCGAGUCUGUUGCAUUUUGCAAUAAGAACUGAACUUGGAUGCAUUCUCAAUUAUUAAGCCAUCUUGAAUGCAGAGCAAAUGGAGAUCCAGGAAAGAUGGGGAGAAGGUUACCCAUUAAAAAAGGCAUUGAUAUGGUCUUUCUUAUAAGAUCAAAAGGACUUUACCUAACUAUAUUAGAAGGAAUUUGGACAGGUGGGCAAGGGGCAAGAGUUGUUUAGUUCACACUAUGUACUGUAAUCAUUUAAAGACUGGAAUACUAAAAGAAGUAUCUGUUGUAAGAUGGGUCAUGUGUACCCUUUAUACAGAGUUUACUUGUGCUGCAAAGGUGAUUGCAUAAAGUAAUUUAUGCUAUGUUUGAAAGAGUGAUUGUUUAAACAUUUUAAGCAGCUGGGCCAUGACAAAAUGCUUGUCUAGCUGUUGACUAUUGUUUGUUUCAAGUCAGUUAAAUUAAGAAUAUUCUGUGGUUUCUUCCAGGGUAUGAAGAGAGCAGGUCUGUAAAUGUGAUAUUGCUGCACUAUGCUGGAGUUAGUCUCUACUCAGACCUCCUUGUUUUGUGUAUUUUUUUCCCUAUAAGUUAAAUUCAGCCUGCAUUUCUCCAUUUGCACAUCCUAAAUAAUUCCCCCAGAUGUUUUAGUUUUGAAUCACUUGCAAUCAAGUUAAUUAAUUACUGGUACCUCACACUAUGUAUAUCUUUGAGCUUGUGAAAAAUCAAAGCCUGUUUGUCCUUUUGCUUUUUGGCAAAAUAGAGAUGAAAUGCAACCUUCUUUUUUUUUCAAGUAUUAGUGGUCAACUUUCUUGUAUACCUUUUUGUCAACCAGUCUAAAGUUAGUGUGACAAAGUGAGAGUGCCUGUUGAUCCAAAUAGGACUGGAUCCCUGUAUGCCUUGUUUAGAAAACAAAUUUGGGCUUUAAAGAUUUUAGUGUUUAAAGUGUAAUAAAAAAAAUUCCAUCCAGAGCCACAGAAAGUAUGUGUUUAAGUCCAAACCAAACAGAAAACACCUCUUUAGUGUAAAUUGCUGUUAUCAUCCUUUUUUAUAUUCACCCUUCUUCUGAUGAACUAAAAAAUUUCUGCAUAAACCGUUUUAAUUGUUUUGGGGGUUUUUUUCCCAGCAAAAAUCUUGACAGUCAGUUGCUAUUAUCCCAUUUUGGGGUAGAUGCUUGUUUUGGGGAUUGGGUAGAUGUGCUGAUAGUCUUAUUUUAUUUUUGUCUCUUCAAAUUUGUUACAUUCCUUUUGUUCCCAUGUAAUUCCACAUUGUUUUACUUGAACGAUUGAAACAACAAAAGUCAGUUGAAUAAAAAGACCAAAAGUAUCAAUA